CGAAGAACGGCUUCCGGUGCUGCGUUGCCUUGUUUCAUUUCAGCGUAAAAAUACAAACAUCGGGAGAGGAAUUAUUUCUCUUCUAAAAAUACUUUCAAGGAAUUAACACUUGAACUGAAGCAGGUGUCCCAAGAUUUCCCAACGCCGUUCGAGGACAUAUUUGUGGUCUCAGUAUAGAACGGCACAUGAGCAGCUGAUAGAAACAUGACUGAUUCACCUCCUGGCAGUGUCCCUAUCUCCCAAAAGGAGUUAGAUGUGCUCGCCUCCACUCUAGGACUGAAAUAUCAGGUGGAGGACAAUUUAAGUGGUGGCAGAGCUCUGUUCAGUGCAUCGAUCACACUGACAAAUAGAUGUGAUAUCCCUCUCAAAUACUACACAGAGAGCACAAGUUGGAGAAUCUUCUUUUGCCACUUACGUAUGGUGGAACCAACCUACCUUCCUCUUGAUGACAGUGUAGAUCUUCAGUAUGCAGGUGUGCGCUUUGCUCACCUUAAUGGUUCUAUCUUCUCUCUCAGUCCCUUAAAAAACUUCAAGACUCUGGAAAAAGGAGAUUCGGUGCUUAUCAAGUUUAAUGGCCAACACUAUUCUGCUUCUCGGACUGAUAUACUUCCAAACUGGUACAUUCAAGUAGAUGGACUUGAGCCUCGUAUAAUCAAAAGUACAGAGGGUGAGUCCUUGGACUUUGUGGGAGACUUUGACUCACCCAAGAAAUACAAACGUUUUGACUAUGUUUUGGCUUCUGGAAAGCGACGUUACGAUACGUACCAGCCAUUCUCCCCAGAGGUGAGAUUUCUCAGGUACUUGUCUCCCAAGGAAGAUGAUGACUCUCUACAGCAAGUGGUCCCAACACCAGCGAGCUUUCAGAAAAAAAGUGACAAGUCGAUUGAUAUCUAUUCAGGUGGAUGGAAGAUCAUGCUUUGUGAAGAUGCAGACUUCCUGAAUGAGGCCCAGUUUUUGUCUGAAAGGAUCAACAUUCCUCUGUCAGAGGAGCGACGGGCUCUGUGUGAGGGUGAAGCUUGUCCAUCGAAAGUCAUAGCGAUCAGGAGGUCUGAGGUCAAAACAGCUCUUGCAAACAGCUCUCUUGUUUCUGAGUCAUAUGAGAUCUCGGUUGAUGCUGCAGGGGAAUUUGUCCUGAUCUCGGCAAAAGAAGCAGCAGGAGCUUUCUACGGUAUUCAGAGUCUUCUUAGUUUGUCAUCUGCUUCUUCCAAGAGAAAAUCCGGCCAAAUACCAGAGUGCCUCAUCUGUGAUACCCCACGAUUCCCUUACAGAGGCAUGCAUGUGGACAUUUCCAGAAACUUUCAGUCCAAAAGUGAAAUAUUUCGUGUCCUGGAAGUGAUGUCGAUGUAUAAGCUCAACAAAUUCCAUUUCCACCUGACAGAUGACGAGGGUUGGCGGUUGGAGAUACCAGGUCUUGAGGAACUGGUUGAGAUGGGUUCCAAACGAGGUCAUGACCCAGACGAGAGAGAGUGCUUGCUUCCCCUGCUAGGCAGCGGACCCAGUGCUAGUGGCCUGGGGUGUGGAUAUUACACAGUGGAGGAGUACCGUGAGAUUCUGCGCUUUGCCAAAGCACGUCACAUUGAGGUCAUUCCUGAGAUUGACAUGCCUGGGCACAGCCAUGCUGCAGUCAGGGCCAUGAAAGUUCGCUAUGAUCGACUGAUGGCAAAGGAUGAGAAGGCGGAGGCUGAAAAGUACUUACUCUGUGACCCAGGGGAUGGCACUCCCAAGGCUUACUCAGUGCAGAUGAUAGCGGAGAACGCGAUGAACCCUGCCCUCGAGUCGACCUACGCCUUCGUUGAAAAGGUUAUUGUGGAGUUGAAAAAGAUGCACGAAGACAUCCAGCCCCUCACGGUUUUUCAUCUGGGUGGGGACGAGGUUCCUUACGAAGCCUGGGAUGUCUCGCUGUCAUGUGUGGCCCUGGUCGAGUCAGGAAAGGUGGAGGACAUGGAUGGUUUGAUGGAGUAUUUUGUGCUGCGGGUCGCUGAAUUGGUACACAAGCAUGGGUUAGAGCUCGGGGCGUGGCAGGAUGGCAUAGUAAUGAAAAACAAAGGGCCCUACAACCGCAAAAAGUUCCCGAACCGAAGAGUGCUGGUUCACUUUUGGAGGAAUGCCUGGGAGACUGGACAAGCCUUCGAUGCCUUCAAGUUGGCCAAUGAUGAUUAUGAGGUGAUCCUGUCCCCGGGCACUCACCUGUACUUUGACCACCCUUAUGAGCCGGACCCUGAAGAGAGAGGGCUGUUCUGGGCCUGCAGGUUUGUGGACACACGCAAGGUCUUCAGCUUUGCCCCUGACAAUCUCAUGUCUAAUGCUGACGUGAAAUUGACUGGUGAAAAGAUGACCAAAAAUGACCGCAAGAUGCUGCAGUUGGAAUAUUUCACAACACUGAAAAAGCCACAGAACAUCAAAGGUCUUCAAGGACAGAUCUGGACCGAACUUGUCCGUACACCAUCUCAGUUCCACGAAAUGAUCUUUCCCCGGCUUAUCGCGCUGGCAGAGCGGGCAUGGCAUCGGUGUGACUGGGAGGACCAGGAUUACGAGAAGAGGACGGGUGACGUGGAGGCGGAUUGGUCCCGUUUUGCCCACUCCUUAGGACACAAGGAACUGUACCGACUGGAGAGUUCACAAGUGCCUUAUCACAUCCCUCCGCCAGGAGCCAGAAUCACCGGUGAUGGUCAGUUGGAGCUGCGGAGCUGCUAUCCGGGUCAGCCUCUGUCUUACUCACUGGACAAUGGUCAAACAUGGCAGGAGUACAGCACACCUACUGAUGUAGCCGCUUGUGAGGAGGUGCUAGCCAGAGUGAGUUCUCACAAUGGCCGAUCCCACAGUCGCUGUGUCAAAGUGUCUGUCAAGUCUUACACCGAUAGUGAUGAGCAGGAGAGUUGAGUGAGACCUCGAUUUACGGCUUCUACCUGGAUUUGGACAGCGCGAACACUCAGGACUAUUUGAAUGUUUUCUUCUUCUGUAUACAAUGUUAUGACGUUUUGGAAAAAAGACGAGUAUAAAUGUUCGCUAAAAUGAAAUCCCCAUUUUUAUAUAUUC